GAUGUUCCUUGCAGCCUUGUCUUUUGCCUACUUUGCCAAGGCUUUAUCUGGCAGCUACAUGAAGAGCACAAUUACACAACUAGAAAGACGAUUUGACAUCCCCAGUUAUCUGAUUGGCAUCAUAGACGGGAGCUUUGAAAUAGGGAAUUUGUUGGUGAUUGCCUUUGUGAGCUAUUUUGGUGCCAAACUCCACCGACCCAAGAUCAUAGCAAUCGGAUGUAUAUUGAUGUCUUUUGGGACUUUCUUGAUCGCCAUGCCUCACUUCAUCAUUGGCCGCUAUAAGAUCGAAACAUCAGCUAGAUCUUCAUUGAAUUCAACCAGUAACCUCUCUCCAUGUCCAGAAAGCUCACCCACCAGGGAGGGUGACAGACCUUCUAUACUGCCCUCUAGAGUCUGUGAGCGGGAAUCCAGUGUUUCAAUGUGGAUCUAUGUGUUUCUGGGAAACGUCCUGCGUGGGAUUGGAGAGACUCCAGUACAGCCUUUGGGAAUCUCCUAUAUUGAUGAUUAUGCACAAUCCGAGAAUGCGGCCCUCUAUAUUGGAUGUGUCCAAACCAUGUCUGUUAUUGGUCCUGUCUUUGGGUACCUGCUGGGGUCGCUGUGUGCUAAGAUCUACGUUGACAUAGGCUAUGUGGACAUGGAGACCGUGACUAUUACCCCUGGUGAUGCCCGCUGGGUGGGGGCAUGGUGGCUGGGCUACCUCAUCGCUGGUACCAUCACCCUCAUGUCUGCUGUUCCUUUCUGGUUCCUGCCUAAGUCACUGCCCAUUCCUGUGGAUAAACACGAUACCAGGUGCACUCCAGAGCAAACCAGGUUUAUCAAAGAUUCCCAGACAAUGGUGCACAAGUUUCGACCUGAAGAGCCAGCUAAUUUACAUCAGAUGGCCAAAGAUUUUGUGCCCACAGUGAAGAGUCUCCUCGGAAAUCCUGUGUACAUCAUCUACUUAUGCGUGACCAUCAUUCAGUUCAACUCUCUCAUCGGGAUGGUGACCUACAAACCCAAAUACAUUGAGCAACACUAUGGCCAGUCAGCGUCAAAAGCCAAUUUUCUCAUGGGCAUGAUCAACAUCCCAGCUGUGGCCCUGGGGAUGUUCUCUGGAGGGGUUGUCAUGAAGAAGUACAAGCUGGGUAUCAUGGGAGCAGCUAAAUUUGCCUUUGGGACCUCCCUGCUGGGCUACUUCCUGUCGCUCUUUUUCUUAGCCAUGAGCUGUGAGAACUCCAAGGUGGCAGGCAUUACAGUUUCAUAUACUGGAGUGGAAGGCUUGUCUUAUCAGGAACCGUCUCUCUUCUCUGACUGUAAUUCGGGUUGCUUGUGCUCAAGAAAAGAGUGGGAUCCAGUGUGUGGAGAGAACGGGAUCACCUACGUGUCCCCGUGUUUGGCUGGAUGUGCCUCCUCCACCGGCUAUGGCAGAAAUACGGUGUUUGACAAUUGCAGGUGUGUAGCACUGGCUGAUUCCCAACCAGGCAACCUGACAGCCACUCUGGGCCAGUGUCCACACAGAGACAGCUGUGACAAAAUCUUUCCAUACUUCCUGGCUCUUUCAGUCCUCAGUUCCUUCAUCAUCUCUCUUGGGGGAACACCUGGCUUUGUGCUGCUUGUCAGGUGCAUUAAGCCUGAGCUGAAAUCCCUUGCUCUUGGAAUCCACACGUUAGCCACUCGCACCCUCGCUGGAAUACCUGCCCCUAUAUACUUUGGAGCCAUAAUUGACACAACAUGCCUCAAAUGGGGAUACAAGAUGUGUGGAGGAAGAGGAGCAUGCAGGAUAUAUAACACCUCGGCUUACAGGAUCGUGUACCUGGGUCUGACAUUGGGCUUGAGGACAGUUUCCUUUUUCCUUUGUAUUUUAGGCUUUGCUGUACUCAAAAGACAUAUUAAGAUGGAGGAGAAAUAUGCUCUGACCAAUGGGAGUGCAGAGUUGGAGUCACUAAAGAAAGAAGAGAACAGCUCCAUCCACUGUGAGCAGUUUAUACUGGCCUCGGACUGCAAUCCUGACAGAGAGACUCGCUUGUGAGCCUCAGCACAACCUCUUCUCUUCUGACUCAGCCCCAUGAAGGACCUCAGAUGUUAAGAGGAACACAUGCUGUGGACACUUUUCAUAGCACACAGAGUAUAUAUUUGUACAGGAUUUGUGUAGACGUAUGAUACCUGAAAUAAGAGUCGUUUUAAAAACAAAAUAUGCUGGAAUGUAAAAAUGUAUGUGUUUUUGUUUUUCAUGAAUGGAAGAUUUUUGUAGAAAAAAUAAUGUAAUUGUGCUGUAUUUUCUAUGUUGGUCUUCGUUUUUAAGAUUAAACCUCAUAAAAUAGAUUUUUGGAUUCUAUUAUGUUAACGUGCCUGAGGAAGAUGCUUAAACUCCAUCAUGUCUGUCUGUUUGUGGCUUUGCCCAUUAAAAGGUUCUGUAGACUGUUUCUGUGGCACACGGGGAACUGUGAAUGUGCCUACACUGAGGCAAAGAAAGUGUUUCAACCUGUGAAUGAAUAAGGUCAACAAGCAGAUCAAAGAUAGAGGCAACUGAGGAACAGCACACCACUAAAAGAUUAUGCUGUUCGCAUUCAGACAGGAAACUACCACUUCUGUCCAGACAUAAGAGAAGUCAUGCCUUCAGUAAGAUAACUGUUUAAUCACGCUUUGACAAUCACACUUUUUUCAACCUUUGUGUACUGUAGCAACCUGAAACUGCUGUUUCUAAGGUCAAGAGUGAACUGUCAAACUCAGCUUUUAAGUCAACAUGGAUGGCUCAGAAUCAUGCAUAGUUUUAACAUCUGCGGCUUCACGGCAACUAAGCAAAUACAGUCUGCUAAUGAGGACCGUGUGAUAUGGUUGACAUCUCCAGAAAGUGCAUAACUCAACCUUGAGUUGUGAUUGUUUUGUCUAUCAAUCACUGCUAUAAAUUUCUUAACCUUGGAGUUUUGCAGCAUUGGGUUUUCAGUCAUGAUACAUUUAAAGAGGAGAUAUGCAAAAUAUCGCCUUACAAUACUAAAUGUCUAAAGCUGCACACCAGAAUUGAGAGAAAUGUUAUUUUUAUAAAUAACGGGACACUGUUUGAUCUUAUAAAUACUAUA